AUGAGUACUAAUAAUAUGUACGCUGAUAUAUCAAAAAGGAUUUUGGAAUCUUAUAAGAAGCUGGUACUUGAUAGGGACAGGCGUUUUCAGGAUAAUGACGAAUUAAGAUAUCAAACCUUACUGAAAAGAAAUGAUUUUGCUAGGGAAAUCCACAGUUUGUAUGAGACCUUAUGCUUCAGGUAUGACAACGACUAUUUACAGAGUCGAGUUCUUGAUACCUUUGAUUUGGAUCUUAUUUAUGCUAAUGUAGAUGCCAAGAAUGUAGCAGAUGACGAAUAUCAGGAUGCUUUGGUUAAUGAAUUGCUACGGUACUUUAAAGAGGACUUUUUUAGUUGGUGUAAUUCGCCUAUUUGUGUGAGAUGCCAAACUGCUGAGCACCAGUCUAAUAUUCAACCAGACUCCCCGAAUGCUGCCGAAAUGCCAUUCCAGUGUACAGUAGUUGAGCGUUAUAUAUGUGGACAUUGCAAUGGAGUAACCCGGUUUCCACGCUAUAACGACUCCUUGAAACUAUUGCAGACUAGAACUGGUCGUUGUGGCGAAUGGUGCAAUUUAUUUACUUUGGUAUUGAAAUCUUUUGGGGUAGAAGCAAGGUAUAUCUGGAACAAGGAAGAUCAUGUGUGGUGCGAAAUCUACUCUAGUAGGCUAAAGCGCUGGGUUCACGUUGACUCUUGUGAAAAAAGUUUUGAUCAACCAUACAUAUAUUCUAAUAAUUGGAAUAAGUCUAUGAGUUACGUUAUUGCAUUUUCUAAUGACACUGUUGUUGAUGUCAGUAAAAGGUACAUUUUGAAGAACCAAUUGCCAAGAGAUUUAAUAAACGAAGAUGACCUGGAGUUUAUGACUAAAUAUCUUACGAAGAAGUUAAGGAAACAAUUACAUGACGAUGAGCUGUAUAAGUUGGCUUGCCGUGAUGGGGUUGAAUUACUGGAACUACGAACUAAUACUAACCAGCCAACCCAUACCAGUUCAGCGCCAAUUGGGAGAGUCAGCGGUUCUACAGAAUGGAAGAAGAAUCGCGGAGAGGAUGGGCUGUAA